UUUCAGAAAAUCGAAAUUAUAAUUCCAUCCCUGCCCCGAUUGGUUUCCUUUCCAUCGCUUGUGCGAUUCCCCACUCUGAACCCAACUCGAAGUUCUAGGUUUCCAUGAUCGUUACUAUAACUAUGUUCUAUAGCUUUUGAUCUUCGCAAUCAUGGCGAACAACAACAAAGAACCCAAUACUGCUCCUCAACCUGAUCGGUGGUACAACCUCACCCUUGGUUCUUCCCUCAAAGAUCUCUCUUCCACCAAGUUCUGCACCUUACGAUAUGAGUUUAAACCUGCAUCGAUCGAUAAGAAUCAACCUGGGUCGCUCCACAAGACCAAGGAAAACAGGGUUACUGUGGAAUUCCACAACAAUCAACCCGGCAAACCAAAGGUAAGCUUUGAGGGUAGCAGCGAGGAUUACAAGGACAACGAUGGAGUACUAUUCUUCGAUGGUGAGAGGUUCCGGUUGGAUAGAUUACACCGGGCGGUGAAGCGGUUGAGGCAUGUUCGGUUGCCUGGGGAAUCUGCAGCGGCAGCUGCCAUGGCUGCUACCAGUUCGGUUCUACCUUCUGUGGAGUCUCGCUCUCCUCCUCUUGGAAAAGCGGCAAAAUCGCAGCCUCUAAAUAAAACUAUAGUCCCUCCGGUGCCGGUUGAGGUGGAAAGAAUAGAUAUUGGUGAAUCAGGGAGUCCAGGUGUGAAGCCUACUGGUAGGGUAGUCACUAAUUCAUUUGCUCCACCAAAUUCUUUAACCAUGUCAGCAGACCAUAAGAAUGAAGAACAGGAAGAACAAUUGGAAAUACUUUUCGAUGAUGAUGAUGAUGAUGAUGAUGAUGCUGGUGGAACACCUAACAAAGGAAAUGCUGCCGAAGAGCCUCAACGAGAAGUCAACACUGGUCUAGACAUCAACAUACCAAAUCAGAAUGACACAGAUGAUGAAAUUGCUGAUGUGGAUGUCAGUGAUGAUGAUGCAGAUAAUGGUCCCAAUGCUGCAGAAGCUCUUAGGGCCCAGGUGAAUGCUGAAGAGAGAGAUGGGCAGACUUCAAGUUCUAGUGGGAGCAGUGCGAGUGGGAGCAGUGCUAGUGGGAGUGGGAGCGGGAGCAGCAGCAGUGACAGUGAAGGCAGUGAUGAUGACUCGGUGAACUCAAUAUGAGGCUGGGGAUGGUUGGUAAAUUUCAUGAAAUUACAGGAAGUAGCCAAUGGUUUGCAGAACAUGUGAUCCUGGUUCACAAAAUGUGGUGACCAUAAUAAUCUGGUCUUCAGGUGGCCCCCCAGAUACCGAAGAACUGGGAUAAACCAUGACUCAAAAUGUCAAUCCACAAGGCUCGUUCUAAGCAAACUAUUUUUAUGAUUCUGCAAUUCUGAUGAGCGCAAAUUUUUGUUCGCGGAGUAUUCUGUCGUGGGUUAGCUCCUCCCCUACCCCUCUCCUUAGAAUCUUUUUCUUUUUAUUGUGAAAUUUUAUCCAUCUUCCAGUUUACAUGUUGUAUACCCUGGACAGUACAUGGGGAAACGGGUAUCUAUUUACAUAAAUUAACUGCUUCAAUUCUUGAAAGAUCUGUGAACCAUGUUCUCAAAAUUAAUAGCCAAUUUAAUAGAAUUUUCCUGAAAAUAAUUAACCCAAA